AUGAAGUUUACUGCUGACGUUCCGGUCGAUUUAUACGGUGUAGAGAACACCAGACUAGUUACAAGAGGGCUAGUGACCCUACAAGUUCAAGUUUUAGGCGAUAAUCUUCUGCAGGAUUUUAUCGUCGUUGAUAGCAUCAGCGAGGAGUGUAUCUUAGGUUUAGAUGCACUGUACGAGCACAAGUUCAUCAUUGAUGGUAGCGAAAGGAGAAUUUACCGAGUCAAACAAACCUUGAAACCGGACUCCUCGCCCACCAUCGUAGCAAGAGAGAAGAUCACGAUCAAGCCCUUUAGUGCCACUGUCGUUGAAUCGGAAGGGAAUGGGGCUAAGCUACCUCCCAAUCUUGCGUUUUUUUUUCACAGAGGACCGGGACUGAACAGCGGAUUACGAGUUGAUCCUUUCAUCAAUAAAAGUAGUGAGGAGGCCGUUUUUACAAUAGCGUUAGUUAAUGAAACGAAUAAACCCAUCUCCCUGCCAAGGUAUGAAAUAAUUGGAACGUUAGGAUUUUGCCGGAUAGAAAAAGAUAAUAUCAAUUAUUGUGCUGAGCGCGAGCUGUCGUCCAGUGCUGUAGAUUUUGACAACAAUUUGCCACCUGAUAUGUCAGGAGUAGAUAGAACCAGCAUUACAAAUUUUUUAAUCGAUAGAAAAUCAAUAUUUGCCUCCACUACAGGAGAAUUAGGGAAAACGGGGCUAGUAAAGCAUCACAUUAAUACGGAAGGACAAGGACCCAUUAGAUUACGCCCCUAUCGGAUACACCAAAACGUAAAACCAGAGCUUGACAGUAUUUUGCAGGAAUUAUUAGUUAACAAGAUAAUAAGGCCGUCCGUAUCUCCAUGGGCGGCCCCGUCGUAG